AACAACAUGGCGGAAAGUGAGUUUUGUAAUCAUAAUGGGAGUGUUACCUGUGUUGCUUCUGAAAAUACUUCAAAAUUAAUAGCAUCUGGUGGUGAAGAUGGGCAGGUAAAGUUAUGGGUUUUUGACGGUAAACUUAAAAGUUUGGCAUCAUGUGUGCGACCUGCGGCACAUAUUAUUGAAAAUAAAAGAUCACCGGAGUCUGAAGACAUUGCAUCACUUUGUUUUGGAAAAAGUGAUGUUCGACAUAUUUUUGUUGCAGUUGGAAGUUGUGUUUUUUGUUAUGAUAUUCGAAGUUUUCAGAAGCCAACUGAAAAGUUUACAUUUAACGAGGAAGAAAUCAAUCACAUAAGUUUAGAUGAUAGUGGUGAGUUUCUAGCAACUGCUGACGAUUCAGGAACUGUUACAAUAAUUUCUCUUAGUGAGAAGCGUGUGUAUAAGUUACUGAAACGUCACAGAAAUGUUGUUUACACCGUCCAGUAUCGUCCAAAACGGCGAUGGGAAGUUGUAAGUGGUGGAUUUGAUUGUCAUCUGUUUCAUUGGAAUGUAUUGAAAGGAAAACCAUUCUGUGCAUGGGAUUUAAACUGUGAAGAUUAUAAAACUGACAUAUCUUUAGCUUCGAACAUUAAUCCCCCAUAUGUGUUAAAUGUACAUUUUUCUUCUGAUGGAAAUUUUCUUGCCAGUGGGCAAGCUGAUGGCUCUGUAAAGAUUUUCAGUAGUCAUGGAAAACGGAUUAAACAUAUUGAAUCUAUUCAAGCACAUGCAGCUGGAGUUUCUCAAGUACACUUUCCUUUAUUGACUACAGACAGCAGAAGCAUUCUGUUGUAUUCAUCAGGAAAUGAUGGAAAACUAAUUGCUUGGAAGGUGAUUUCACAAGAAAAAGACAAAUUUAAAAGAGCAGAUAUAUGUGCUGUUUGGACAUCUAGCAGUAGUGAGAAAACAAACUGUAUCACUUCACUGUCAGAGCAUCUUAUUGUCGCAGAUACAAGCCCACAACUAAAGGUAUUCACACUGCCUCCAUGAUAUGAUAACAGAAUGUCAAUUUAUAUUUAGAAAUAUGAAAAAGUACUUGUGAAUAUGAGUAAUGGAGAACCUGCUCAAAAUCUUAUUGUAAUAUACUCCUCUUUAAUAAAGAAAAUGCAGAUUACUGUUUAAGUGUAUUCUUUUUAAUAUUUAAAAAUGUGAAAUAACUGUCAUUUAGGAAGCUAGAAAGAUAAACAUUUUAUGUGAAUUUGUUAAGUUUAGUUAAUCUUCAUAAUUUGUAUGGAGAUGUAAUUGCUGCCAUAAACUUUUCAAAUGAAAAUGCUAUAAGAACAAUAAGUUAUGGAAUUUGGAAACUUUGCAGUUUAUGAAAUGUACUGUAUGUUUUUUGUUGUUUUUUCAUAUUCAAUUCUACAUAAUUUAAAGUACCAUAAGUGUACAUGAGGGCAGUACGAGAUAUCCUGAACAAAUAUGUUUAUUCUUUCUAGCUAAUUGUUCUAUUCCCUGGGGUAAAAGUCAGUAGUGAGCAGUUAUGUAACAAAUUUACCUCCUGAAGAAUAAAAGAAUUAAAUUUUGAA